AUGGAUGAAAAACAAAGGAAGAAACAUAUUAGAGAACCACCUUCAGUUCCUUUUAUAUGGGAAACAAAACCAGGCAUUCCUAUAAAAGAUUGGAAACCAAUGGUCUCAUCAGUUUCUAAGUUACCAAAAUCUCCACUCAAACAAAUUGCAUCCGUUCCUUUUGUUUGGGAGGAAAAGCCUGGAAUACCACUCCCUAGUUUCUCACAUGUUGAUGCUCAACAUGAAAGCAUAACUAGCUUGGAGUUUGAAGCGUUUAGUUUUGAUGCAGAUGAAUGUUUUAAACUCUCUACGGCUAUUAUUCCGAUGCAGCAAGGUUUGUUUUCGAAGAAUACUUGUGACUUGCUCUAUACUCCAUCUUCUCCGGUCUCUCCAGCUUCAUCGGAGACAGAUAGUUUAAGUAGUUAUGCAACUGGUGUGUCGAGUUUAACUGGUUCGGCUUUUCUGGAAUGUCUUUUUCCUUUGUUUCCACCGAAGUCUGGUUUUCUUGAGAAGAAUGUUGGUUAUACUGAAAAGGGAAGUUCAAGUUCGGUGGAACUAAAGGGUAAAGGUUUUGAGGAUGAAGACUAUAUGUGUGAUGUGUCGAGCAAGCAACCGACACUUGGAGAGCUUAUUAUGAUGAGCAGGAGAAGAAGCUGUAGAAGAAAAGCAACUCAAAUGAACAAAUGGGAUCCCCCAAAGAAAAUCACAAGAAAACAAGUUUUUGGAUGCUUCUCCAUUGUAAGCAGCAGCAAUAUGAUUGAAGGUUUGUUGAAGAGAAAGCACUACCCUAGGCUGAAACUAGUCUAAACAGCAAAUUCACAAGAUACAGAACCAAGACUGCUGUAGAUUUUAAACAUUAAAGACUUUCCUUUUAUUGAGAUUGCAGAAUGUUGAUUUUACUAGAAAUUAUUGUGUUGUAGUAAAAUGUGUUUUGAAAUUUCACAAAAUUUCACAUGUGUGGAAAUGGAACAUUUUCCAAAGAAAAAUCUUGAAUUAUGAUAGUACAUAAACUGUAGAAAUACUUAACCUUUUCAUAUAA